UAUUGUUUUUCAUAUUCUCAUUAUUAUUUUACUGUUUUUACUGCGUUAACAUGUGGUACGUGACACACAACGGGCACGAGGACGCGGUGGAUGUCGGGAAAACGAUUAAAUUUGCACCAGAAAUAAUAAAGAACAAAUCAGAAGCAAGACCUGUUGUGAAGACAAAGAGCAUUCCAUUGUUUAUUAAAGAUGCGUGUAGUGCGUUACAAGUGUUUACUGAAAAACCGUUAGUUGAACGAAAGAAAACUAACAAAGAAAAUAUGGAACCUGAGAACAAUACAAUCACAGCUAUAGGAAUCACUACAUUCCUUAUUAUAUUAAUUUUGAACGCUGUAUUAGAUGUGGUUAAAGCGAAAGAGGAAGAAAGAGCGAGAAUGAAGCUAAAUCCUGAUGGUGGACGAAGACAUUCUUUGGCAGAGUUCGCUAACAAGAAGACAUUGAGAAGAGAAUCGAGCAAGUUUGGUCUCCAACUAUUUCAGAUCACAGAAACAGUAGUUUCGGAUGACAAAGAAGAAAGUAAGAUAGGAUCUCAGGCUCGUCGUCGUGUGCCUUACUUUAGGGGUGAAUCAAUUAACUCUUAUCUAAGUGAUAAGAAAGGCCUAGGAGAAUGCUCAGCGCCAGCGUCGGUUGAGACGCCAGUGUCUGAUGCGAAAUCCAUGAAAAGACAAUCCAUUGCGAAAUUAUUUGGAGGCAGACCAGCUCCGAUGGCGCGACGAUCAUCCUUCCCCGUAUUACCUCUCAACCCUGAGAUCCAAGCACUGAUGCUGAACAGUCGACAAGCAUCUUUUGAUAGUGAUGAUGAAGGAACCAAGAAGAGACGUCGAGUUCGCAUCUUACGUAGAUAUUAAGUCUUCACACAGUACUCAUUGACAUUGAUAAAUAUGCUUUAUGAUGAUAAAAUACGGUAUACAUUUGCUGUAACACCUGAGGGUUUAUCAUGAAUAUUUAUGACAAUGUUUUCGUAACGUUAUUGAUGAAAUUUGUGUUAGGUUUCUGCAUUAGGAGGAGUAAAGUGUAGGACAAAAUCUCAUACAAAUUUUGUCCUUGUACGUUCUUGCAACUGUCACAAUUAUUCGUAAUAGAACCUCUGUUCUACAAUAUUGCUAUCAUUCUCGUUCUCAUUGAGAUAAACAGAGAUAGCAAUAAAAUUGGAUGUGACGGUAAUACACUUCAACGAAAUGCAAUGAAAUUAUAAAAGUUUGUGAUAUUAUACUUCGUAGAGAAUUUUAAAAAGUAGAUAUUUCACAUAUUUCUAAUAUUUUAUUAAGGAAAUAUUAAUACUAUACAAAGAAAUGUCUUUCUCAUAUUAUGUAUUCAAGUUUUAAAGUCUAAGUAAAAAUGACGUUUGUUGAAAAUCGUUUAAUAUUCCGGUAACACGUUUAGGAUAAUUUUUAAUGAGUAUUCAAUAAUAUUAAAAUUUUAAUGUUUCUGCUUUUAAAUUUAAAAUGCUAAUAUAGGAUGACUUAAAAUUCUUUAAUAUACUUUAAAACAGUAUUUUAUGUCUAGUCAGAACUUGAAUUAACCUAGUCACUUUUGCUAUAACCGUAUAGGUACAUAAAAUCAUGUUUCUUCAUAAUUAUAAAUAGACAAAAUAUGUAACCAGUUAAUGUUUUAUCGACUUCCUUUUAACAGAACAUGUUGAGAACAUAUUCAUCUAACGAUCAUAAAAUAUGUCUAAGAAAUGUUUGACUAAGUUUGAAUGUUUUUUCACAUUUAAAUAAUUUAUUACUUAUUUUAUAAAAAUAGAUAUUCGUGUUGAAACUAUAUUGCUAGAAACACUUAAACGUUAAGUUUUGUUACCUGUUUAUGGUAGUUAUUUAUUACUUUAUUGAUGAAAGUAUAUUCUGUUUUGACUAUAACAAUAUUAUCAAUUUAAACAAUCUUAGUUAGUGUAGGAAUAAAGGAAAUAGUGGUUUAUUGAGGUAUUAUGCACUCCGUGGACUAACACGAAAAUUUGCCAGAAAGUGUAACGAAAUCUAUAAAAUUUGUAUGAUAUUUGUGUGUAAUUUUCCUCAAUAGGGGUGCAGAAUUACGUACAAAUUGUAUCGAUAUCUUUUCUAAUGCGUUAUUUCAAAUUUUAGUGCUAUACCCUAGUCUAACUAUUAAGUGUAACUAUUUAUUAAGGUUAUCUUUGAGAAGUUCUUUUUUUUUACAUUCUAAACAUUUGUUUCUGCUGUUUUGUGUAUAAUUAUAGUUUUCUUAAUAUUUUUUUACAUGGGUUAUAGCAGUGGAAAUAAUACCUAAUGAUAAUAAAUUAAAGUCUGAUUUAUUGUUAGUGGUGUGUAUGUGUGUUUUUUUUUUCUAUUUAAAUGUGAUUUAGAGGCGGCAUCAGUGAAGUAUGCAGUCAUAAACGCAAAUUAAUUUAACUCACGCAAUAACUGUUUAUAUCUUUGCAUGUGUCAGCGAUGGUACUGAUCUGUAUAAAUGGAUAGGUAAUUGCUAGGUGACAGCUAUUGAUUAGUUCACACUUACUAGCGUACAUUGAUGUUAAUUUAAUAUCUAAUAUUAGUUCCAAUUCUCAUGACCAUAACUCUCAACGGAAAUCAAAUUGGCACAAAGUACUAUAGCCUAUCCAAUUUUAGAGAUCAGUGGAUUGUACUUCACUAAUGUUGUCCUAAAUUUUUUCUACUUGUAAUUGACAUAUUGGCUCUUUCAUGCUGAUGAUAUCUCUUUUUCACUGUAUUUUACUAAAUAUGUCUAAAUUAAAUUGAUAAUUUAAAAUUAUAAUUCUUUCAGAUAAUUAAAUGUUAACCUGGAACCGUUGUUUAACUUCCUUUUGGAACCAUUUAGAAAAAGCUAUUACUUCAGUUCUAACUUACGCUUCAAUUGAAUAGUGGAACUGUUCAAUAUAGAUCACACAUAG